GGAGGAGCCGGGGCGGGCUGGCGGGCGGCCGGGUGGCGGCGGUGGCAUGGCGGAGCCGAGCGGGGCCGAGACGAGGCCCCCCAUUCGGGUCACCGUCAAGACCCCCAAGGACAAGGAGGAAAUUGUGAUCUGCGACCGAGCCUCGGUCAAAGAGUUUAAAGAGGAAAUCUCCCGGAGAUUUAAGGCACAGCAGGAUCAGCUGGUCCUGAUCUUCGCAGGCAAGAUCCUCAAGGAUGGGGACACACUGAACCAGCAUGGGAUCAAGGAUGGGCUCACUGUUCAUCUGGUCAUCAAGACCCCUCAGAAGGUUCAAGAUCCAGCGACUGCCACUGCUUCUUCCCCUUCCACCCCAGACCCAGCCUCAGCCCCCUCCACCACCCCUGCUUCACCCGCCACGUCUGCCCAGCCCUCCACUUCUGGAAGUGCCACUUCAGAUACAGGCAGUGGAAGCCGAAGGAGCAGUGGAGGGGGUACCUCCCCAGGGACUGGGGAGGGACCUCCCAGUGCCACUGCAUCCAUACUCUCUGGCUUUGGGGGCAUCCUGGGCUUGGGCAGCCUGGGCUUGGGCUCUGCCAACUUCAUGGAGCUGCAGCAGCAGAUGCAGAGGCAGCUGAUGUCCAAUCCUGAGAUGCUGUCGCAGAUCAUGGAGAACCCCCUGGUCCAGGACAUGAUGUCUAACCCUGACCUGAUGCGCCACAUGAUCAUGGCCAACCCCCAGAUGCAGCAGCUGAUGGAGCGGAACCCUGAGAUCAGUCACAUGCUCAACAACCCUGAGCUCAUGAGGCAGACAAUGGAGCUUGCUCGAAAUCCAGCCAUGAUGCAGGAGAUGAUGCGGAACCAGGACCGGGCCCUAAGCAACCUGGAGAGCAUCCCUGGAGGGUAUAAUGCCCUCCGCCGCAUGUACACGGACAUCCAGGAGCCCAUGUUUAGUGCUGCCAGGGAGCAGUUUGGCAACAACCCCUUCUCUUCCCUGGCCGGGAACUCCGACAGCUCAUCCUCCCAGCCUCUGCGGACUGAGAAUCGAGAGCCCCUCCCUAACCCCUGGAGCCCCUCGCCCCCCACCUCCCAGGCCCCCGGGUCCGGUGGGGAGGGCACCGGAGGAUCGGGGACCAGCCAGGUGCACCCGACAGUCUCCAAUCCCUUUGGGAUCAAUGCGGCUAGCCUGGGGUCAGGGAUGUUCAACAGCCCAGAAAUGCAGGCCCUCCUCCAGCAGAUCUCUGAGAACCCCCAGCUGAUGCAGAACGUGAUCUCAGCCCCCUACAUGCGCAGCAUGAUGCAAACGCUUGCCCAGAACCCCGACUUUGCUGCUCAGAUGAUGGUGAACGUGCCGCUCUUUGCGGGGAACCCGCAGCUGCAGGAGCAGCUCCGCCUGCAGCUCCCGGUCUUCCUGCAGCAGAUGCAGAACCCAGAGUCACUCUCCAUUCUCACCAAUCCCCGAGCCAUGCAGGCGCUGCUGCAGAUCCAGCAGGGACUGCAGACCUUGCAGACUGAAGCCCCAGGGCUGGUACCCAGCCUUGGCUCUUUUGGGAUGGCCCGGCCCCCAGCAUCCUCGGCAGGCAGCAACGCCGGGUCUGCGCCCGAGGCGCCCACCUCCUCGCCCGCCCUCCCAGUCACAUCAUCUCCAGCAGGGGCCUCCAGCGCUCAGCAGCAGCUCAUGCAGCAGAUGAUCCAGCUUUUGGCUGGAAGCGGAAGUUCACAGGUGCAGACGCCAGAAGUGAGAUUUCAGCAGCAGCUGGAGCAGCUCAACUCCAUGGGCUUCAUCAAUCGUGAGGCCAACCUGCAGGCUCUGAUCGCUACGGGAGGGGACAUCAACGCAGCUAUUGAGCGACUCCUGGGCUCUCAGCUCUCCUGAUCCCUCAGCCCGGGCCUCUUGCGUCUCCCUUCCCUUGAUGCCGCGUGUGGUUCCUCUGUCGGCCUGACCCUCUGCAGCUUGUCAUCCCUUCUGUUCUCCUCCCUUGUUCUCUUCAGACAGCAGGGUGACUUUAGAGGGGUGGCCCCAGCCUCGUGGUCUGAGAAUUCCAGUUUUACUUCACCUCUUGUAGAACCUUCUCUCCUGGUCCUGCCUGCCUGAGCAGAGCCAUUUAAACAGUUUUCAGUUUUUGUUGACUGGCCCCACCCCCUUACCCCACCACCGUCUUUUGCAGCCUUCACACGUCUCAGUGGCAGUGCAGCGUUGAAGGAGGAACCCGCUCUCUGCUUUAUUAGAACAGGGUCUUCUGUCUCUACCACUAGGAUUUUUCUUGUCUUAUGUUUACUUUUGGUAACUCUUCCUCCUCUCUUUCCCCUCAUCCCCUCCCACCUCCAGCCUACCCAGUGCUAGACUUCCAUCCUCUGAAGGAGGGGCAGGUGAAGCAGGCUGUGAUUUUCCUCCUCACCCCCUGUUCUGAUCACUUUCAUGGGGUCUGUUGGGACUCCCAGUGGAAGGAAGAUGCUUGUUCCCCCUAUCUGAAGGGAGACGUGAGAUGCAGCCCCCUGGAGCAGGAGUAACAAACCGUGGACCAGCCCAAUAAGGGGAUGAGGGAGUGAGACUUCCUAGAGGAAGGGAAUGGGGGAAACAGCCUGAGCAGAGGACUUGGAAGUUGGAAUUGACAGGGAAUGGAAACACUAAUAGUUCUUUUAGUCCACAGAGUCCAGACUUUGGCCUGGCAAAGGAGACUUAGAGAUGGUAAUGAAAUUUGAGUUGAAGAAAAGGGUUCAGUGAAGCUAAACUGUAUGGCUCACAAGGGAUUAUAUUGGUUCCGUUUCCUCAAACACACCUGCUUCUGUACAUUCACACACAUUUCCAUGAACCCAGGACCUGCCUGCAUCUCCAGGUACCAGUGAUUUAAGCCCCGCUCAGAAGACAUGAAGAGGACUGGGGUCUGUCUCAGCAGUGGGGGUGUGUGUGGGUGGGGUGGGUGCAUGAAUGCAUGCACGCACACAUGUGCAUGUGAGUUGAGUGGGAGGGUGGACACCUUAUUGAUUUCUGGUUUAGAGUUUUAUCCCACCAGACAGAAAUAGGCAGAAGGGCCUGUCUAGGAAAGGAAUAUAUACACCCUGGAGAGCUAGGUCCCCUAGGCCUCUGGAUGCCUGGGUAGCGUGGGUACCCCUUCUGAAGCUCUCAGGGCUGUGACCGGCACCCUUAAUUACGCCUCCUCUCAUUGCUUUCGGGCCAUAGUAGGGGAGGAGUCUUUCUCUCUAGAACCCCUGGCCGCUCCUGCCCUUGAGUUUUCACUGUUUCCCUCCAGGCCAGAAAGUUCUAUUUGAGGAAGGAAAGGAGAGGGCAGCAAUGAUGCCUUUGAUCUGGAAUUGGACUUUACUCUAGUGGAGCACAGAGGAGGCUCAAAAUCACCUCCUCUCUCUGCUGCUAAGCCCAGCUGCUUGGAGGACCCGUUACUGAGAAUACGGAGGCAAGAGGAACUGAGUUUUCUCCCAAGUGGGAAAGGGUCCCAAGCAAUCCAGAGAGGAUGUCUGUAUGGCUUUCCCUCCCUACCUCCCCCAACUCCCACACUGGCCUUUGUAAAUAAAUGAUAUGGUCUUUGUUGUGA